UAUGAGUUUGUAGUGCUGUUGUAAAAUCCCAGUCUGUACAUGUGUUGUGGUUGAUUGCAUGAACAUAUCAGGAAAGAAGAACUAGUGUGCAAAAGGAUUGAUUGUAUUUCCAAAGAAGAAAGUGGCAACUCAGGGAAGACAUUGGGAGACAGGAUGUCAACAAUCAGCAAUUCAGGGAAGACACUGGGAGACAGGAUGUCAACAGACAAUUGGCAACUGAGGGAAGACAUUGGGAGACAGGAUGUCAAGAAUCAGCAAUUCAGGGAAGACACUGGGAGACAGGAUGUCAACAGACAAGCAGCAACUGAGGGAAGACACUGAGAGACAGGAUGUCAACAGACAAUCAGCAAUUCAGGGAAGACACUGUGAGACAGAAUGUCAACAGACAGGCAGUAACUGAGGGAAGACACUGAGAGACAGGAUGUCAACAGACAAGCUGCAAUUGAGGGAAGACACUGGGAGACAGGAUGUCAACAGAUAAUCUUCACCAGUAUCUCACUAAGAUUUGGCAUCAAAACAUGGUUGUGUCUUUCAUAUGUACCAGGAUUUAUAUACUGAUGGGUGAAGGACCUUCCACCACAAGAAACAGUCUACAUAGUAAGUAAAUUCUUUGUGUGGAUUGUAGAAAAAUUAAUUGUUGUAACUCUGAGGUCAGUCUUUUACCAAACACAGAUGUCAGGAGGUGCCUACCAAAUAUUUUAUUUUCCCAAGAAUAAAACAGAGUCACUUCUGCAGAAGACAAUAAACUCCAUAUGUGAGGUGAUGCCAUCAGACAGUGAGGUCAAGGGUGUCUUAAUAAAGGUACUGCCAAAGAAAUCAGGAGGGGUGCGCCCUCUCUUCAGGGAAGAAACCAGACAUAGGCAGUCUCAAGAAAUCCUUGAAGCAAGACUGCUUCUAAAGUAUUUGGUAUACAUAGAACAACAAACCCUGGCAUCAGUCUCUUUCUCUAAUGUUUGGCAGAAUGCCCUCUAUGUGCUGGGGAAAGAGAGCAAGCUCUACUUCGUAAAAACUGACAUCAAAAAUGCAUUCUCAUCAGUAGAUGUCCGUCAUCUUCUGGUGCAGCUGCAUCAGGCUUGCAAGAACAUGAACACUUUACAAUUCAUGAAGUAUUCUAAUGGGAAAAAGGAAGUAAAUAUUCCCUUAGACGAGUAUGGGAAUCUCUUGUUCCGACCAAAGUACUCAUUGAAGAGGGGCAUUUUAACAAUAAAUGUACAAAAAAUCCUAGGUGUCAUUGAGGCAUCACUUCAGCCUUGUGUGGCUUACAAAAAGUUGAAAAUAAAACUAGCCAAAGGACUUCCACAGGGAUGUUGUCUCUCCAGGGAUCUUUGUGACUUUUACCUUGCAAGGAUGACUUCCUUGCAUCUGGAUGACUUAACAGCUGAUGCUGAAGGGGUAAUAAUCAGAGUAGCAGAUGACUUCCUCUUUUUGUCAAAAUCAUUAGAAAAAGCACAAAAAUUCAAAUUUCGUAUGACAGCUGGAUUUGAAAAGUUCAAUUGCUGGAUUAAUUCAAAGAAAACACAUUCAAAUAUUAAUUGUGAGAUAGACAAAAUAUAUUUCAAUGGUUAUAUAAUCUGUAUGAUUACCAAUACCAUUUUGAUAAAUGUAUCAGACUUAGCAAAAGUACCUCCAAGGUACUCAAUGACAUUUACUGCUGCUGGUAACAUGAAAAGUUUCAUUAGCAACAAAUUAUUCAUAAUAGUAAGGAAUCGCCUUCAAAAGCACAUGAUGGUUCCCAGCUCUGCAGAUCCUGACAUACUUCUAGAAAAUGUGUGGCGGGUUGGAAUCCAUUGUGGUGCAAAGCUCUACGCUCUGGUCAGGCAUGCUUGUUACACUUCUGGUGUGUACAAUAGCUCUUUGUAUGCCAGGACAGUCUUGAAUGUUAGUAAAGGUAUUUUCAAAAGAAUAAGGAAUUUCACACAUGAUUUCCUGGGGGAGAACAUUUUUAUUUCCAUUUUAGUGUGCAGCACAUUUCUUUCAUUCAGUACAAUGUCCAAAAGUAGGUUUGGGCUUCUGAAAAAUAAGCUCAAAGACAUUGUAAUCAAACACUUAACAAAAAUUACAGAAGAAAAGGAACAGAAGCUGAAAGAUGAUCUGUUGGCUCUUUUAUAAAAUAGAAGUGGCUCUGAACAGUAUAGGCAGUGACAUUUGCAGCUGCCAAUGUGAGUGUCAUAUUGCACAAACUAGCAACUCGCUCCUCCUCAGUCUGAAAAAUUCUGCCGGGAGAAAAUAACUACAUGGCAACUUAGGUUAGUCCUUCAUAUGAUUCUGAAAGGAUAGAAUAACGGAUUCAGUGUGUGACAUGUUGACAUCAGAGGAAGUUAUCUUUUGUGACUGCUCCUUGCUUCAGCUAACAAAAGGGCUGUGUUGUUCUAAACAGUGUUGUACUGAGCUGGUGUGCAAUGCCUGGAAAAUAUACAGGCCACAAUUGCAUAGUAAGAAUAUUAGAGUUUAACUAGAAUGGUGAAAUUAAUAGAAAAAUAAGCUGUAUAACUAUUGCCAGUGAAAAAAAUAAGUGCAUUGGUGAAAAAUAGAGCAAUGAGGGACAUGAGGAUGUGCAUGGUGGGCAGCCCUAAAAUGUAUGACAACAUCUUACAUGGUACCAAGAGACAGUUAAAGAUACAUCCUAAGCUCACAGCAAAACAACAACAAAAAAAAAGAAAAAAAAAAUUAGGGCAUCCCACCACUAUGUUUGUAGUGAGGCACAUCCUUGCAUCCCUCAUCACUUAAUUUCUUCACCAAUACACUCGCAUAGUUAUACACCUUAUUUUUAAUUAAUUUAACCAUUCUAGUGAAACUCUAAUAUUCAUACUAUGCAGUUGUGGCCUGUAUAUUUUCCAGGCAUUGCACACCACCUCAGUACAACACUUUGUUUAAAACAAACACAGCCAUUUUGUUGUUAGCUGAAGCAAGGAGCAGUCACAAAAGAUAACUUUCCCUUAUGUCAAUAUGUCAUACUGAAUCCAUUAUUCUAGGUUUUCAAAAACAUAUGAGGGACUAACCCAAGUUGUCAUGUAGUUAUUUUCUCCCAGCAGAUUUUUUCAGACCAGGGAGGAGUGAACUGCCAGUUUGUGCAAUGUGACACUCACAUUUGCAGGAGUUCUAAUCGUGAAUGUUGCUGCCUGUAGCUUUGAAAAAGUUUCAAACUGAGUUACUUCCUCUGCCCAGUAGGCAUCUUGCUUUGUGACACACUCAUUUCUUAACAAUAAUUACAUGUGGCUUGGUCUGUGGAUACAAUUUGAAGGAUUUCCAGAAUUUUGAAUCUGAUCACCAUCCUGCCUGAGCUCAUAAUUUGAAUUAUCCUUCAACCUCAGCUUUUUCAUGUUCUGCAUUUGAUUUGAGUCUCCAGUUUUUUGGUGGUUUUAAUGUUUUUAAGGCUUUUAACUUAGUCACACUCUUAUGCUAUUCAGUGAUGUUAUAUCAUGUUAUUUUCCUCAAGUAAUUGUGUAGUCACACUCUUAUGCUAUUCACUAAUGUUAUAUCAUGUUAUUUUCCUCAAGUAAUUGUGUGGAGUGCCAAAGGUGUGUGUUUGUAAGAUCAGCAUGAAAAUGUGUUUACUCUAUAAUUCCUUGUUUAUAUUGGUAGGAAUGAUCUCAAAUUAUGUGAUUAUAUCACUGGAGGUGUCUGAGAAGCAGUAUGUAGCAUUUUUCUGUCCAUUCAUUUUAUGGUGCUGAUUCAAUUGUAAGGCUAUGAUGAUAUGUAAGAUUUCUUAUAUUUUAGUUUACUUAAUACUUUGUGAUAUAAAAUUAAGACCAUAU